CCUGCCGCUGGGUUCACGCCUGACGUUUGCACUGUUGUCAGCAGCUUGCAAGUCACCGAGGCGGCUCGCGUUAGUUUCUUUUCAAACUGGAAAUUCUGUAACAAAAAAUAUCAGAUACUCGGUAGGAUUGUGCUCUAUUUAUCUGUGUGCUAAUGGCCGACCCGAAGUACGCCAACCUGCCGGGCAUCGCCUCUAACGAGCCGGAUGUGUAUGAGACCAGCGACCUGCCUGAGGACGACCAGGCGCAGUUUGAGUCGGAAGAGCUGUGCAGUGACAGUGUGGAGCGGAUUGUUGUCAAUCCCAACGCUGCCUACGACAAGUUCAAAGACAAGCGUGUCGGCACUAAGGGCCUGGAUUUCUCGGACCGCAUCAGCAAGAGUCGCAGAGUCGGCUAUGAGUCUGGAGACUAUGAGCUUCUGGGUGAAGGGUGCGGGGUUAAGGAGACUCCUCAGCAGAAGUACCAGCGGCUCGUUAAUGAGAUUCAGGAGCUCACAGAGGAAGUGGAACACAUUCAGACCAGUACUAAAGAGAGCAGUGCAGAGGAGCGCCUAACGCCGGUGGUUCUGGCUCAGCAGGCGGCCCAGCUCAAACAGCAGUUGGUCUCAGCCCACCUGGACUCCUUGCUGGGCCCAAAUGCCCACAUCAACUUGGCUGACCCAGAUGGAGCUCUUGCCAAGCGGUUGAUGACUCAGUUGGAAGUGGCACGGGGUGUGCGUAGCACUGCUGGGGGAGAGGGGAAAUCAGCAGCACCCAAAGGCCCGGAUGGAGUUGUGCUGUAUGAACUCCACAGCCGGCCUGAACACGAGAAGUUCACCGAGUCUGCCAAGAUCGCGGAGUUGGAGAGGAGGUUGGCGGACCUGGAGACUGCAGUAGGUUCUGGAUUAGAUAAGCAGGGUCCCCUCAGUGCUGGACUACAAGGUGCCAGUCUAGUGGAGACUAUGGAGCUGCUGCAGGCUCGUGUCAGUGCUCUGGAUGCUGCCACUCUGGACCAGGUUGAAGCCAGACUACAGAGUGUUUUGGGGAAGAUGAAUGAAAUAGCAAAACACAAGGCAGCGAUUGAAGAUGCUGAAACUCAAAACAAGGUGACACAGCUGUACGAUGUGGUGCAGAAGUGGGAUGCCAUGGCAACCUCCCUCCCUCAGGUGGUCCAGAGACUGAUAGCUGUGAAAGAGCUACACGAGCAAGCCAUGCAGUUUGGGCAGCUGCUGGCCCAUCUGGACACAACACAGCAGAUGAUCAACAACUCACUGAAGGACAACAGCACACUGCUCACCCAGGUGCAGCAGACCAUGAAAGAGAACUUGGUUUCGGUAGAAGAGAACUUUGCUGCUUUGGACCAGAGGAUGAAGAAACUCUCCAAAUAAGAUUUUUCUCUCUCAAAUGAGCAAUGAAGAGCAGGAGGUUGAGGGAUGUGGGGAAAAAGAUUAUCAUUUCAUACAUUUUGAUAUCCUGUGCUUUGCUCCUUCCAUUAAACUUUAUUUCCAACAUUCUGUGUUAAGGAAAAAGUUUAAAAGAAAGGUUUGACCAAAUACACAAACUUGUAGUGAUCUUUACUCUGGAGAUACGUGUGUAUCUCAUAUCUCAAGCCAUUGCCUGAAUUCCACUCCCAAAUGCUGAUGGGGUUUUAAAAUAAGGAAUUCCAGAUUUGUGAUUUUUUUUUUCCUGCCAUUUUAACUCCAUUUGAAAGACCGUGUUUUUGGUUGGCAAUUUAGUCCUUAUAUAUAUCACUCCCUAAAGGAAUAAAAUUUACAUAUGAAGGCCACUGCCUUUGGUCAAUGUUAACGGGAGGAUGUUUGCUCAUUGAGUAAGAAAUCAUACUGUAUUUAUACAUCUGAGAGUACCUUUAACUAAUCACUCUCAGUCGCUUGUAACUCGUAUUAUGACCGAGAUGGAUCGGCACAGGUUACUCUGCUUUUGUCAUACGCGUAAACUGUUUAAAAUAUUGUCUUUCUCCAGACGUGAGAAUAAAUUGAACAUGCUUUGAGAA